UCCACUGUAUCCUCUGCAGCGGAAGCAUUUUUCUGAACACUCGCUCUGUGCCGGAUGGGGGGAUCAGCUUGGAUCCCUCCCACAUGGGGCAGGGGACAGGGUGCUUCAAGGACGACCGCAUCGUCUUCUGGACCUGGAUGUUCUCCACCUACUUCAUGGAGAAGUGGGCCCCGCGCCAGGACGACAUGCUCUUCUACGUACGCCGGAAGCUGGCGUUCGCGGGCAGCGAGGCUGCCCUGGACGGGCGGAAGCUGGUGGAGGCCGAGCCAGAGGUAGAGGUGGAGGUGUACCGGCGGGACUCCAAGAAGCUCCCGGGCCUCGGAGACCCCGACAUCGACUGGGAGGAGAGCGUCUGCCUGAACCUCAUCCUGCAGAAGCUGGACUACACGGUGACCUGUGCUGUGUGCACGCGGGCCGAUGGCGGCGACAUCCACAUCCACAGGAAGAGGUCCCAGCAAGUGUUUGCGUCCCCCAGUAAGCACCCCAUGGACAGCAAAGGGGAGGAGUCCAAGAUCAGCUACCCCAACAUCUUCUUCAUGAUCGACAGCUUCGAGGAGGUGUUCAGUGACAUGACCGUGGGGGAAGGGGAGAUGGUCUGCGUGGAGCUGGUGGCCAGUGACAAGACCAACACGUUCCAGGGGGUCAUCUUCCAGGGCUCCAUCCGCUAUGAGGCGCUCAAGAAGGUGUACGACAACCGCGUGAGCGUGGCGGCCCGCGUGGCCCAGAGGAUGUCGUUUGGCUUCUACAAGUACAGCACCAUGGAGUUCGUGCGCAUGAAGGGGCCCCAGGGCAAGGGCCACGCCGAGAUGGCAGUCAGCCGCGUGUCCACCGGCGACACGUCCCCCUGUGGGACAGAAGAGGACUCUAGCCCGGCCUCGCCCAUGCAUGAGCGGGUGACCUCCUUCAGCACACCCCCCACCCCCGAGCGGAACAACCGGCCUGCCUUCUUCUCCCCAUCCCUCAAGAGGAAGGGGCCCCGGAACCGGAUCGCAGAGAUGAAGAAGUCUCACUCGGCCAACGACAGCGAGGAGUUCUUCCGGGAGGACGACGGGGGAGCCGACCUGCACAAUGCCACCAACCUGCGGUCUCGCUCCUUGUCGGGCACGGGGCGCUCCCUGGUCGGGUCCUGGCUGAAGCUGAACAGAGCAGACGGGAACUUCCUUCUCUAUGCACACCUAACCUAUGUCACUUUGCCGCUGCAUCGGAUUUUAACAGACAUCCUGGAAGUUCGGCAGAAGCCCAUCCUGAUGACCUAGCCGUGUGCAGAGCCCGUGCGGAGCCCCCAGCCCUGCCCAGUCCUGGGAGUGCUGCCAAGUGCCUACCUGCCCACCGCCACUGGGGUCUUCCGGGACCACCCAGCGCCAGAGCCGGAGCCAGGCGGGGCCACUCGACUCCCGGGGCCAGGGCCAACUCCACGAACACCAGCCCAAACUGAAGUGCCUCUUCCUCGUCCCUGCUGGCCCUGCUCUGGCCCCCGCGCCCACCCACCCACCACCCUCAGCCUGUCUCUGGGGGAAGCCUCUGCACCCCGAGGAGCAGACUCGCCAGGAGGCCAUAGGAGCGAGGGAGCGGCCGGUGGCCAGCCCGUGGACCCGCCCUCACCUCCCGGCAGACAGCAGGGAGACUGCCUGGCUGGAGCCGCACCACGUAUCCAGCACUCAAGGAAAACCGGUUUAAGAUGUGGUGACGCUGACCCGAUGAGUUAGUCCCGAUCGUCUGUCCUCCCCAGCUUGCCCCGCGGUCGUCUUUAGAUGGGUUUCCACAGGGAGCACGGCCGUCUGCUGGCUCUGCCCUGGGCUGGGAAUACCUCACCCCGCACCCAGCUCCAGACCGGCCCUUGUCCCGCCAGAAUGGCCUUUGCUUCCAGCCAAAGAGCAUCACCCACAUACACACACCCCCAACCUGGAGACGGCCCAUCUGCACCUCGGCUGGCGUGACCGGCAGGAUUGGGGUCCUGAGGGCAGGAGGGGAGGGGUCGUGCCGACAGGAGAAGGGUGGGGGUCUCCUGCCGAAGGGCGGAUGGUGCGCCGUGGGGUCGACGUCCUCCCAGGAAGGUUCCAGGCCGAGCCUCCGUCCUCCGGGACCAGGGCAGGGGCUGGAGCUGCUCGUCUUCCCUGCUUCCCUGGAGCUCGUUUCCUUUGACUGGGUGUGCGGGUCCCACCUCUCAGGCCAGUCACUGAGGCAAAGAGGCACUGGCUUUCCGGUUGGUCAGGCCUCCUUCCAGCUCGGAUGGAAGGUUUCCACCUGCGGGGAUGCGCCGUGCUCCUCUCAGAACCACGAGCCUCCCCAGGAGCGGAAGCACUGCUCCUGCUGUUCCCCAAGGGGUGAGCUGUCAGCGGGGUCUCUGCUGCUCUCUGUGUGUCCUCAGGGGUAUCUGAAGGGUCCCUGGGGUGCGGGUAGCGAUCCCCCUGGGGGAGGAGGGGGGUAGGAGGAGGGGCUCGUGUUCCUGUCCGUUUCCGUCCUUUGCGCUCCAAGGGUUUGCUUCGAGCUCCGGGAAACAGGGGGACUCCUUUGGGGCUUCUCCAGACUUUGUAUGCUGUUAUUAAAAGCGAGCUACUGCAUUUCA